CCCCGUUACUUCCAGCCAGGAGACGCAGCGACUCACCACUGAGGACUCACAGUGCGACCUAUGGCACACAACUAGCAGCCUCUCCUCUAAAGAUGAAAUCACACUGUCUGCCCGAAGUGGACUUGCGUUUUUCCACAACUUUGGGUAGACAACUCCCUGAGCAUUUUUUAUUAACCCCUACGGUGUAUGGAAAGUGCUCCUGGAUGGAGCUGGGCGAAAACAGCUGGUCCAUGGUCAAGCGAGAAGUAUCCAGCAGCCCAGGGUCACCGGCUGAGCAGACCUACCUGCCAGGUGACAGCAGGAGGAACGGCCCCACCUCGGAGGAGCUGAGGACAGCUCCGAGCGAGCUUGACGCGCUGGGGCACCGCCGCUCCGACGGCAGAUCACUGCACUCCUACGUUCACUUCGGACACCAUAACAACACCCUGACCGCCGCCGAGGACAUCCCGCUGUUUACGGAUUUAGACCAGGGCAGCAAGCUUGUCCUCUCCAGCGGAGCGCACAAGGCGAGCCUGCUGGUGGACUCGGCCGACAUGUACCAAACGCUGGCCAUCGCCGCAGCCCAAAGCCAGACUGGAUAUGAUUCCUCCUCUGGUGGUUACAUGCACUCCAACCCCAACUCUCCCGUGUACGUGCCCAGCUCCCGGGUGGGCCCCAUGAUUCCCAGCCUGUCUUACCUGCAGGCCAGCGGCUCUGCGCAGCCCAGCCACGCCGUCUCCAGUCACUCGGUCUGGUCGCAGUCCACCCCGGAGAGCCCCUCGUACAGCACCGGGAGCCCGCACACCUCCAGCCGGUUCCACUACCCUCCAAGCCCGCCCAUGAAUAACGGAACCCCGAGAGACACCGGUUACGCUAACACGCUGAACAUGAGCAACAGGGACCAGUACGGCCUCUCUCGGCCCCUCAGUGGCACCUACCCGAGUCCAUACUCUCCUUACGUUGCACCGCAGCUCUCCCAGCUGCCCUCGCCGUGGACCGGGGGACCUUUCGACAACACCAUGCUGCACACCUUGCAGAGCAGAGGCGCGCCCUUGAUCCGAGCACCAAACGGAGUUUCAGAUAUUCUCGAUGACAUGGGGGAGAGCAGGGAGUGCGUCAACUGCGGCUCCAUCUCCACGCCACUGUGGAGGCGCGACGGCACAGGCCACUUUCUCUGCAACGCCUGCGGCCUGUACAGCAAAAUGAAUGGGCUGAGCAGGCCAUUAAUUAAACCACAGAAACGGACGUCGACGUCAAGAAGAAUCGGCCUGUCCUGCGCCAACUGUCAAACCAGCACGACAACUCUGUGGCGCAGAAAUGCAGAGGGAGAGCCAGUGUGUAACGCAUGUGGCCUCUACACAAAAUUACACGGGGUACCUCGGCCGCUCGCCAUGAAGAAAGAGGGAAUUCAGACGAGAAAAAGAAAACCCAAGACCAUGAAUAAAACAAAGGGAUCCUCUGGAAAUAACAACUCAAUCUCUAUGACUCCCACAUCCACCUCCUCAUCCAAUUCUGAAGACUGCUCAAAAAACAGCUCUCCCUCCGGACAGGUGUCAGGGGUCAGUUCGUCUGUGCUGUCCAGCUCAGGGGAGGGAACAGGCUCGGCCUCAGCGCUGAAGUACCCGGCACAGGACGGCCUGUACACCAGCGUGGGCUUGACCCAGCCAUCAGAUGUAGCUUCAGUGCGGGGUGAACCCUGGUGCCCCAUGGCUUUAGCUUGAACACCUAAAUCUGUUUUUGGGAGGACAGCAAUCCCUGGGCCCUUCUGUCUGGAUGCUAAGUGUUGUGGAAGUAUUCCGGGGGCAUUGUUUGUUUCCUUCCUCGCAGCUGAUGCAAGAAGAGUCGGACGUUGUGGAAAAGAAUCGUGAGACCACUUCAGGUCAUGCUGCAAGCUUGAAGAUUGGAGUAUCUGGGAUUUGUUUCCAGAUUGGUGUGGGGAUCUUGUUGCCUUUAAGAAAAAUAAAAACCAAAAGGGAGACUCCAGGCCUAUGAUCAGGUGGCCUGCUGUGGAUGGUUUCUGGACCUGCCGUGCACUCGAUAUCUCACCCGUCCGUGGCACAGAACCAGACCCAGGUUCAUGAAACAAGGCCACCGUGUACAUAAAGGAUUUCCUCUCUGAAGAAAAAAGCUGUUGAUUGGAUUUCAGUGGUUCAUAAAGCGCUGUGCUCUUUUUAAGUACAUUUAGAUUUUCCUUUUCUUUCCACAACUGGAAUCAUGCCACAAGUGACAAGACAACUUUAAUGAAUCAAAAGAAGAAAGAAUAUUUAUAAAUCUUCCAAUGUUGAAAACAUGGCUAUGAUUGUUAAUAAAGAUAUCGAUAUAGAGUAGAAGUUAAACCAUUCUGAUGUCUUCUUUUCCUAUUUUUAUUUCUUUAUAAGUGGUUGUUAGUAGCAGUAGUGUUGAAUCUGCACAUGUUUUCCACUGAAAGCUCUUACUGUAUUUGACUGAAACUUGUUUGGUUUAAACAGGGUAUAAAUGACUGUGUCAUCUAG